UUGACCCUCGGUGCUAGCCGUAGUUUCCGACAACAUAACGAUGGCCGCUUCAACGAGCAGUAAAGGACCAGAGCUAUCUAAAGCUGAGUACCUAAAACGUUAUCUAUCCGCUGACGAAGAUGCUAAAAAGUCAAAGGGGAAGCUUAAGAAGAAACGGCGUAAACUUCCUGAGAAAGGACUUAAAAUAGUAGACGAUGACAUAGACUGGAAACAGAUGGUCGUGGAGGAAAAUGAGAUUGAAGAAGACGAAGAGGAAGCUCCAGUGAUCGCUGAGAUGAUUGAUGAUCGACCAGCAGAAGUGAAACAGCUGGAAGCCUUCAGAACUAGCAAUAGAUGGAAAGUAAUUGGAGCUGAUGAAAAUGAAGAGAGCGAAGAUGUGGAGGGCAGUGACCUUCAACAACCAGAGCCUGUUGAAUCAAGCAGGAGUCGCCAUGACUCUCCAGACACAUCACCCCAAAGGAGAGUUCGUCAUGACUCCCCAGACGUAUCACCCCCUAGAAGAACUCAUCAUGACUCUCCAGACUUGUCACCUCCUAGGCAACGGUCAGGGAAAAGUAAAGAUGAGAAAGAUCCGUCCCCUGCCAGAAGAAAGCCCAUUAAAAAUCAAGGGUCACCACUGGCAAAGAGGGCUCAGAACAGGCAUGAUUCCGACUUUGACCAGUCACCUCCACGGAAAAAGCCACUAAAAGGAGAAGCUUCAGACUCCGACCAAUCUCCUCCCAGGAGGCAAUCGAAAACAAAACGAGGCUCUGAUUCUGACCAGUCGCCACCCAGGAGGCGGCCACGAGGUGAAAAGGACUCUGAAGAUCUUUCACCACCCCGUAGGCCUGGCCAGUCACAGGGUCCGAGGAUGCUUUCUGGUGGGACGGCAGGUCUGGUUUCUGUAGAUGUUUUAAGAAGGGAGCAGGAGGAGAAUCGUCGCAGAGAAAGACACAACAAGCCACUGGAAGAUCAAUCCCGCAAUGCCGAGACGGUGUUCCGAGACAAGAGUGGUAAAAGGAGGGAUUUGGAAACUGAGAGAGAAGAAAAGAAGAGAAAAGCUGGCGAAAAAGCAGCAAAGGACGAGAAAUACGCUCAGUGGGGUAGAGGGUUGGCCCAAGGCCAGAUGCAUCAGCAGAAACUUGAGGAUGCAGUUCAUGAAGCCCAGAAGCCUCUGGCACGUCACUGCGAUGACGAGGAUCUAGACCGCAUGUUGAGAGAGCAAGAAAGGGAUGGCGAUCCAAUGGCUGGGAUGCUCAGACGGAAAAAGGAACGCAGUACCAAGACACAAGACAAACCUCGAUAUAAAGGCCCACCCCCACCUCCAAACCGCUUCAAUAUUCUACCAGGCUAUCGCUGGGAUGGAUGUGACAGGUCAAAUGGUUUUGAACAGAAACGCUACUCUCGAAUGGCAGAUAAAAAGGCCGUCCAGGAGGAAGCCUAUAAAUGGAGUGUGGAGGACAUGUAAUGGCAAUCAGAAACUGAUGGCUCAGGAGCAGAGCUGAAGAGCAGGACGGCUCAUCCGUAGAAUUAGACAGAAUAUCUGAUUCUUGAUUCGAUACUGUACAGUGGACUUCAGACUAUAACAAAGUGAUUAACCAUAAAAAUAAUUGUACAUAGCAGUGAAGUGACAUCAUCUUUAUUAUUUUGUAAUAAUUGAGUCAAUGUGGAGCCAAAACAAAAAUGUUUUUCACUGUUUUAUUAAAUAAUGUUUUUGUAAAGAAAGUUG